GCUGUGAUUAAUGCUACUGACGGUAUCAGGGACACAAACUAUGUCAGAAUUAUGAACCACAGCUGGACACCAGUGUAUCACUGAUACUCGAGCCAUGAAGAUGUAUAUGAUGGCAGUUUUUCUCGUUACUUGUUUUGUCCUUGUUCAGGGACUACCAGUGCCGGAUAAGACGUUCCAGGAGAGGGCUCAGGAGGCUUUGGAUAGUGUGAAGGAAAAGGCAGGGGAAGCAUGGGACUACGCGCACGACGCGGCUAACCGGGCCAUCGACUCAGCUAAGGAAACAGUGAGGGAAGCCUUCGGCACAGCUCAGGAACACUCCAAGCAGGGUAUUGCCGAUGGACAGGAGUUAGUGGAGCAGGCCAAACUUUAUGCGCAGAAUAUGACAGUGGGUUCAAUCUUUGAUGACAUGAUAUAACGGCUCCAUUUGCCAAGAGACAUUUACUAACUUUGCGAAUUGACUGUAAUUGGGACAUUUUACCCCCUUUUUAUGAGGGUGUUAAUUGUGAAAAAGUACCAAUAAAUAUUUCACACCUCUCGACUUUGCACAGGAAAAUUUAUAUUGAAAUUUUAAUCAUAAUUUAUUCUAAUAGAAUUUGACAAAAUUUUAAUUGUUUUUGGAAAUUUUUUUAAUGUACUAUUGGUCUUGUGAAAUGUAAGAGCUUUAAUCUGUGAAAAUAGAGACCUUUGAAAUAAUCAA